AAUAACAAAGAAAAGUUCUGCGAGUAGAUAAUCAGAAAUAAAAAUGAUACGUGUGCUUUUGCACUCCAUUUUGCACCGAGCGUCUUUCUCUGUCGGGCCAUCAGUUAUUAAGAGAAAAUAACUUGAACAAUAUUCCACAAUAUUACGAAUAUAAAUAUUAAUAUUUAAAUAUUGGAAUAUGAUCAAUGCAAUACAAUAUUCUCAACGUACUGUUUGUAAAUGACGUUACUUUUAAGAUAGCAACUGACUAAGAUAGCACUGAGAGUGAAGCCAAUGCUUUAAUCAGUGAUCGGUAAGUCGGCCGGAUAGCUGUUAAAGGAUGAGGCGCAGGAUGUCCACAGAGAAAGACCCCUCGGAAGUUGAGUUGUAAGCACCUGAUCAUUUUUGUUGCCGACUACAAGAACGACUUUCAUUGUCAAACAAUUUGUUUGUAUUAAAAGUUACUGAAUAAGUAAAAUUUAAUCGAUGCAAAUGCUUUUACUUUUUUUUUAGUAAUAUUCGAGAUAUGUAUAUUGAAUUGAAUUCUAUAUGUAAUAAUCCGUCCUGCGUCCCCUUUUCGAUGAAGGUACUCUCCCCCUGUCCCCCCGCUCCCCAGAAAUGACAUUAUCGCAAAGAAUUGUUCUACGAAAUGACCGGCUACGAUGAUUGAUUGAUUUUCAUCGUGGCAGCGUCUCGGAGUAAAAUUGCGCGGAUAAAGCGAUCAGUAUGUUUGAUGGCAAUACAUCGCGUUAUUUUCUUUUACUAACGGAUUACGAUUAACAGCACAUACUUGUCAGUUAAGUGCGAGUUUAAACAUGUUUUUCAAUGUUUCUACUGCAAUUAUCGAGAUAAGCUGUGUAUAACUAAAUAAGUAAUAUCUAGUUAUAUAACGAUUAACAUGAAUAAUAAUAAUAAUAAUAAUAAUACCGAAUAUGUAAUAAUAUGUAUAUUACUUAGGAUAAUGAGAGAGUGCAGGAGCGCUUAUAACAUUUAAGAAAUCACUAUUAACGAUUAAAAACUACAAAGCCAUAAGUUAAUUUUUUAAGCGACAUGUGAAGGAGUCAAUUCUCAAUUUAUCACAAAUUCCCCGCGAUACCUCAUUACAUCAUUGUCGGGAGAAAAAAAAUAAAGGGAAAUGUUAGCCGAAUAUAGAGGAAAUGUCAUAUAUCAAUAAAUUAAUAUGCUGUUAUAAAGUGACCUAUACGCGUGUGCACGAACAAAUCAACGCCAGAUUUACAUACGUACACGUAAAGGAGGAAAAACUAAUGUCGUUUAUAUAUUAUAUCAGCCCCAACAAUCAAUAAAGAAAGACAAGUAAAUAUGUCUCUCCUCUGGAAAAAAAACAAAACAUACGACUAUCGGAUUGUGUACAAUGUCGUGUUAGUUGUGUGGAGAUGCAUUUAUUCAACAGCCAGUCUGAAUGAGAUAUAUCUGAAAAUAAUUUAUAUGUAAAUUAUUAUACCAUGGCGGCCAAUAGUAUUUCAAGCCACGAACUCAUACGAAUUCUCGAAAAAAAUGUGUGCAUUCUCAAGGCGGAAAGUCACAAUUCAAAUUUUGAUCUCAAGUACCGCGAUAAGCUUGAGUGGUUUCAUAAACUGUCGUACAAUGUGACGGACAAGCUCCAGUCAUUAUUACACUUAUCUGAGAAUUAUACUUGUGCCAGCAACAGCCUUAAACAGUUUGUAAGCAGGAUUGACGCUUUGCGGAUAUCUGUUACUAAGCAGGUCUGUGAAAAAUAUUCCGAGAUUCAAGUGGCUAGUCGUACGCUAUCGGGAGUGCCAUUGUCGAUACUCCUUAAAAAGAUAAAGAAAGAGAGAUUUUUAACAAGUGAAUUACUGCACACUCACAAUGAGGAAUACAGUUUCGAACACCUGGCGAAGUGUUACUCUUUGAUACACGAAAUUGAAGAUCUAUUGAGCAAUCUAAACAGAUGCGAUCAUAAGUUACAAUAUUAUUUAGCUUCAUCGAAGUUGAUUCCGUUUUUUGUUAAGCUAGAAUCUUAUAUAGACGCGUACGUCUCGACCAUCGAAAUAUUGCCGAUCGUGAAAUCCGAGUCGGACGCUUUUGCAAUUGUUGCGAAACUCCUCACCGGCGAAUUGUCAGAUAACGAAUACAUGGAUCCGUAUCAUGUGCUAGCGGACAAUGCGCCUAGAAAACCAGUUUGCAUUAUUAAAACCAAACGUAAAACGGACAUUCCAACGUCUAUCUAAACGAUAUUUAUCAGUUGUGUGAGAAAACGACGCGAAAGCGCAAGAAGUCACGCGAGUUAGAAGAGAAGAAACCACGACGUUGUAAACAACCAUAAUAAAUACUUUGUAUUUCAAGUAA